UCAGAACGUCAGCGUCGUCGUGUGCUGACGCUACACGUAGCUUGCCAGGAGGAGGAGGAGGGGUCUAGACAUUUUUUUUCCUUCCUUCAUUUCCUUUUUUCCCCUUUUUCUUUUCUUUCUCUUUUUUUUCUCCCCCUUUCUCCACUCGUUCACUUUUUCUCCUUCCCAUCCUUUGUUUUGUCGGUUGUUCUAUUUUGUAAUGCCCCCUAGCCUCCCGCGUAUGUCUCCGGCGGGCUCCCCUCCUUCUCCUGUCUCGCAGAGCCGGGGCUGACCGGGCUGGAGGGAGGGCAGAGGCAUCCAUAUCAUUACUACAGCAGCAGCAGGAGAAGCAGCUCGCCAUCAUAACGAUUUAUUAGUUCGCUCUCAUUCGCCCCCUCAACUACCCCCUUCCCUCAACCCUUUCUUUGGGGCCCCUGAGCUCUGGGAGACCCCUACACAGCGUGGGGACAAGAGACGACCGAGAAGAACAAGGUUGCUACACCCUGCUCUGUAUUAUGCUGAAGAUGUCCCAUGGCCACACCACCCAGGAAGCUCUAGAGAUUAUGAAGGAGUCUGAAAAGUGUCUGGUUGAGGAAUCUUUAAACAGAAGCAAGGCUGUGUCAAGAUCCCCUAGUAAAGAGGAUCAGGAAUCCGAUGAGCCAAACUCACGCCAGGAACCACAGAGGCGGAAUGCAAGCCACGGACAUGCUAGGAAGAGAGCCAAGUCCAACUCAAAGUUAAAGCUUGUAAGAAGUUUAGCUGUGUGCGAAGAGUCUUCUGGACCUUUUGUAGAUGGCCCUUUGGAGCCCCAGGAUGUCAUCCACCUACAUAUUAGUUGUCCGUCUGACAAGGAAGAGAAGGCCUGUAAAGAUGGAUCUGAGAAAGAAGAAAAAAGUAAAGAAAAGGGUCCGAAGAAAAUGCUGUCUAGAGAUUCUAGCCAGGAGUACACUGAUUCUACAGGAAUAGAUGUACAUGAAUUUUUAGUGAAUACACUGAAAAAUAAUCCAAGGGACAGAAUGAUGCUGCUAAAAUUAGAACAAGAAAUUCUUGAAUUCAUUAAUGAUAAUAGCAAUCAGUUUAAGAAGUUUCCACAGAUGACCUCAUAUCACAGGAUGCUUUUACACCGUGCUGCCGCAUACUUUGGCAUGGACCAUAAUGUAGACCAAACAGGCAAAGCCGUCAUCAUCAAUAAGACCAGUAACACACGAAUUCCUGACCAGAGGUUUUCUGAGCACAUCAAGGAUGAGAAAAGCUGUGAAUUCCAACAGCGGUUCAUUCUGAAGAGAGAUGAUGCCAGCAUGGACCGGGAUGAUAACCAGAUUAGAGUACCUUUACAGGAUGGCAGACGGAGCAAGUCCAUAGAAGAGCGAGAAGAGGAAUAUCAACGGGUACGGGAAAGAAUUUUUGCACGAGAGUCUGCCCAAAAUGGUCAUGUUGUAGAAAGCAGAAUCUACAGAGAAGGCUUUACCGCUAUCUCUCACAAAAGGAGACAGUUGUUUAGAGGGAGCAGAGACUUGUUGAAUCGAGGCUCUUGCAGUCGGCAGAGCAGCACUGAAAGCGACCUGAAGUCUCUGGAUCCCAGGCCCUGGAGCAGCACAGACUCAGAUGGCUCCUGUCGAAACAUGCGUCCUCCAGUAACCAAAGCCAGCAGCUUUAGUGGCAUCUCCAUCUUAACAAGAGGGGAUAGCAUUGGGAGCAAUAAAAGCACCACCAACCGCACUGGCAGGCCAGGUUUGCCCCUGGGUACUCCAGAAGUAUGCACUCAAGCUUCUCAGCAGUCCACUCGAAGCAUAAUGCCAUGUAACGCACAGCAACAGCCGCCCCAUCCUCACCAAGCACUUCCACCCACUCCCCAGCAACAGUCCAUGAGUAACCACUUAAUAUCACAGACCCUCCAGCCCUCUUCACAUCCGGUCCAGUUCUCCGCCAGCUCCUGCCCCCAAGUCCUUCUACCAGUAUCACCUUCCCAGCAGUACAAUGUGGCGGAUGACUUAAAUAAUCAUUUUCAUCAGAUGACUCUAAGUCGCCAGGGCUCCUCUGAGGCACCAGAUCCUUCCGCUGCCAUUUACCAACCACCCCUCAUCUCCCAGCAUCCCCAGCAGGCUGGCUACAUCAUGACAUCUGGGGGGCAAGCUCUUUCCACGACCGGCUUCCCUUCCUCAGGGCACCCAUCCCCAACUCAACAAGUCAUCUCUCCGCAGGGAUACAUGCAGCCUCCACAGCAAAUUCAGGUCUCGUAUUACCCCACGGGGCAGUACCCAAACUCUAGCCAGCAAUACAGACCUCUGUCACACCCAGCUGCCUACAAUUCACAGCGCAAUCAGCAGGUCACCCAGCCACCUCAGCAGCCUGUUACAGGUAUGCAGUCCAUUGUUCCAAGUCAGCCUCCAGCUUACCAAGGCAUGAUGAGUGUGCCGCAGUCGCAGAAUUCUGCCAUAAUUAGCAACCAGAGAGCCAGUGUUGGGAAUCAGAUGCAGAGCAUGAUGGUGCAGUUUACUCCGCUUCCCUCAUAUCAAGUUCCAGUGGGUAAUGAAUCCCAGGGAGUAGUGCCACAGACCUAUCAACAGUCAGUGCUGGUCCCCACCAACCAGUCAGUUCAGGGAGCCAUGCCAACCAGUGGGAUGCCAGUUUACUAUAGUGUUAUACCACCAGCUCAACAAAAUGGCUCCAGUCCAUCAGUCAGCUUUCUCCCACCUCCUGGCUCAGAGCAAUACCCAAUGCCUCAAUCUCCUUCACCUUGUAGUCCUACACAGAUUCAACAGCAGUAUUCAGGAGUCAACCCUUCAGGCCUGGGAGUUGUUGUAAUGCAGCUAAAUGUACCCAAUGGCCCACAGGCUCCUUCCCAGAACCCACAAAUGGUACAGUGGAACCACUGCAAAUAUUUUAACAUGGACCAGAGAGGACAGAAGCCUGAGCAUUUAUAUAACCCCGAUGUCAGCAGUCAGGCCAGUAACCUGCUGAGCAGUCCCAUUACUUCCCCAGCGCAGUCCCCAACACCUUCCCCCGGCUCCAGCAUAAACAGCGUGUGCACUGGCCUCUCACCACUUUCUGUCCUCACCCAAUUCCCUCGGCCUGUGGGCCCUGCACAAGGUGAUGCUCGAUACUCCCUUUUAGGACAACCACUGCAGUACAACCUCUCUGUCUGCCCCCCUUUACUGCACAGCCAGUCCCCAUACACUGCACAAAUGACAGGGAUGAAGCAUGGAAACCGAGGGAAAAGGCAGGCUCUGAAAUCUGCUUCAACGGACUUGGGCACAACUGAUGUAGUUCUUGGCCGGGUCUUGGAAAUAACAGAUCUACCAGAGGGCAUCACUCGAGCAGAAGCUGGAAAGCUCUUUACACAGCUGGCAAUGUCCGGGGCCAAAAUCCAGUGGCUGAGAGACACUCAGGGUCAUAAUCAAGGGCCCAAUGGCAACAACAAUGGACCUACAGAAAAUGGCCGCCAAACCCACAACAGUGAUCUGGCAGCAUUUUACACCAUUGUGGCAGUCUUCCCAAGCACCACAGCAGCACAGAAUGCCUCAGUACAGCUUAAUAACCCAAUCAGCCGCUUCAAACUGCGCAGCAUCAAGAAGAACUAUGAUUUGCGCAUACUAGAACGUGCCAGCUCUCAAUAGCAUGUGGAGAAGGGUGGGAGAGGUGUGAGAAAAGUGGCAAGAAGACAGAGAAGGGGGAAUAGACUCCUCACAUCCCCCUUUUUUAUCACUUUCCCCUUCUUACCUUUCCUGCCCUGAAAAAUAGAAGCACACUGGACUUAAAAAUACAGCCUCUCCCUUUCCAGUUCUGUUUUCUUCUUUCAUCCUUGUUUUUUCCUUUUCACUUGCUUCUCUUGGCUCACUUUGUUUUGUUUCGUUAUGGGUGACUGAUUCUAGUUAUCAAGAGUCAUUAACUGUAGCAGUUAUCAAGUUAAUCAGCCAUUUUCACAUUCAGUACUAUAAAGGAUACAAUGAAGAUUGACAAGCAAAAGAUUCACUUUCAGAUCAAGUGUACAAACAUUCUAUUCACGCACGCUGAAACAGACUUGUGUACACUUCAUCUGAAAGGCUCAUCAGUGGGUGUUUGUGCAGUUACUGGUUGGAAGCAUCAAGACUAAUCGACUAGAAGAUUAUGAAGCCCCUAUGACACAAAAGAAGUAAAAUAUGCAACUUUUGGUUGAGUUGAGAAUGCCAUGACGAAUGGUACAUAUUUAUUUCUGUACACCAAUUAUUUUCCCUAUAGUGACACAAACUAUUUGUUAACAAGGCUAGUGGAGAGACAAAAUAGAGGAAAAGGAAGUUGUCUAAAAACCACAUAAAAUGUUGCUGUAUCACAAAUAGCACCAAAUCUGCCAGUGACUGACCAACACAUGAUCAAGUGUUGCCUUUAAAUGUCUCACUUCUGCACUCAGUUGGGGCUAUCAUAUUCCUUAGAACAUCCUAUGUUUUCUGUGCAUAGGCCUAGUUCUCUGGUUCUUGGACUUUUUUUUUUUUUUUUUUUCAGAUGUCCCAGCUGCACCUGCUGGUCUCUCAGUAUGCAUUCUGUCCUAUGAUUUCCUCAAGGACUUAUACAAAAUAUGAAUGAUGGAGUUAAGGUGGGGAUCCAGCUUUCUAGCUUUCUGGCGAUGUGUUGAGGUGGCAGGUGAAGUGUGACUGAACGCUCCAAGAAAGCCAAGGCACCGGUAGCCUAUAUGUGCCAUCCCAACUGAACCGCAGUACCUGAGACUGACAGUAUUGUACACACAAAACAAUAUACAUGGGGUGUUCUAAGACUACAGUUAGUCUCACCUGCCAGAUGUGUAAGAAUUAAGAAAUUGUGAGAAUUAAUACUCUUUUCAGGCAAGCUUGAGAGAUAACAUUUCUGCUUUACCCAGCAAUCUUCUACACUAUGCAGAGUGCUUGCCCCCAGCCCCAUUGAAAAUGCUUUCUCUGCAAAUGGUGCUAAAAGGGACACAGUUUUAAGGGUACCUGUAUUUAGUUUAAAUUAAAAAAAAUUAGGAACAGGUUUCAUUGUAUAGAGGGGACUGCACUGUGCAUCCCCCCGGGUAUCUCCUAACAACCUCGAUAACCGUUGGAUAAUAACCUAAUGGCUAAGAUCUGAAAUGAACCGGGUUAUCUCCUUACAACCUAGAAUAACGGUUGGAUUACAACCUAAUAGCUGAUAUCUGAAAUGAACCCAGGUAUCCCCUUACAACCUAGAAUAACGGUUGGAUUAUAACCUAAUGGCUGAGAUCUGAAAUGAACCCAGGUAUCUCCUUACAACCUAGAAUAACGGUUGGAUUAUAACCUAAUGGCUGAGAUCUGAAAUGAACCCAGGUAUCUCCUUACAACCUAGAAUAACGGUUGGAUUAUAACCUAAUGGCUGAGAUCUGAAAUGAACCCAGGUAUCCCCUUACAACCUAGAAUAACGGUUGGAUUAUAACCUAAUGGCUGAGAUCUGAAAUGAACCCAGGUAUCUCCUUACAACCUAGAAUAACGGUUGGAUUAUAACCUAAUGGCUGAGAUCUGAAAUGAACCCAGGUAUCCCCUUACAACCUAGAAUAACGGUUGGAUGUUAAACUAUUGGCUGAGAUCUGAAUUGAAUGUCUGCUGGAACCAUAAUGAUGGAAAUCUGGAUUUCACCCUAAUGCUUCCUCCUCAUUGGCAUUGAAACUAGAGUUGUACACCCCAAAUCUGUAUCAGACUCCACUCUUGGCUCAUUCACAGCUUCUCACACUUUUUCACUCUGCCUGUGCAAUCAACUUGUUUGCCUCAUGCCUUUCCCUUUAGUCUUUCUGUUUUACACGCUGACUUUCUCAUUCACUUUGCCCUUUGCAUCUUCUCUUUUUGCCUUGUCAUCAUUGUGUUAAUUGAUUUGUAACCCCUCCCCCAUCCAGACUCUUACUUUGUUUUUCCUCUCCCUUUGCUUGUUGCACAUCCUGCGCCCAUUGCUUUACCUUGCAGUGAGUAGCAGGCCCUAUUCUGCCUAACGGGAUGAAAACUGUCACUUUGCCCCUCCCAGCUUCUGUUGGAAGAAACAUUAACCUAUAUGUUGAUGAAGAGUUGAGAUUCUCUGCACCAGGUACCAAGCUGCCACAUGCUGAAGGAAGAGACAGAGAAAAAUAAUUUUUUUUUUUUUUUUUGCCCAGAGUGGAAAAUCUACCUUUUAUUUCUUUUUCUUGGAGUUGGUUGUCCCUGAACAUUGUAUAGUUUUUUUUUUUUCUUUGAUGCUUGUGAGAGUACAUUAACAUGGGUAUUUAUUUGCACAGAUGGGCUGUACUCACUGUAAAUUUUAUUUAAUCCAAUUUUGUUUUUAAAUAUGGAAAAAAAGAAGUAUGUGUCACAUUAAAAACAAGUGUGUCCUUUU